CUGUUUCAAGUGUAUUUUUUAACAAGGCGGAGUAAUUUGAGCCACUCGUCUUUUUGGAGGCGCUGGUGCUUUAAGGAGGUUCUGUCCAUCCACGCACUUUGCGUGGUUUACGCAGUUUGCGCAACGUACACACUAGAAGCCAGGUCUCACAUCCUGGUACUUUCCCCCCGUUGUCAAGGCAGCGGCAAGAGAGAAAGGCUGGCUCGCGGAAAGUAGCUGCAGUGUCCUGAUAGUGCAUAUGUCCAAACGUUUACAAACUGUCCCGGAAAGUUAGGUGUAACUACACAGCUCCACGCCUUUUCCUGACAGCUGCGGAGGAGAGUAAAGAUGUGUGAUAGCUGCAAACAGGAAAAGAUGUUGACAGGGAAGUUCCCCAGCAUGUGACAAAUAAAACAGUCUCCUUAAAACUAAAACACACUGCCCAUUGCAGACAGUGGAGGAUGUGACAGAAGAUGAAUAAUGCCAUUUCAAAUCCAGGAGUAGUCACACGGGCAGGAAUGAACGGGUCCCGGGCCCAGCGUUACCGGCCAGCUGCAGAUUUUGAUGAUGCCACGCUUGCCCGCAAAAGGGAGUACUGGAGAACCAAAAAAAGAGAACAGAGAGCAAAACUUUCUGCACUGAAGAAGGAGAAACUUGGAACAAAAGGCAUCACCAACUGUAAGCAAGCACUGGCUGCUUCGGCAAUGUUUUCAGAAGCAUCUGCAGUGCUCACUCGUGCCCCCGCACCUGCACGGUCACUCCAAUGCCAUGGCCUCGUCACUGCUCCUCUGCAUCUUUUGGGGCCAGCCUUACUUAACAGUGAUGGGUCCUACCAAGCAGCAGUGAGUUCAUCUUCACCUGGUUUCUUUGGGAACAACCCACAGGUUGAGGAUAAUAAGGGGUCCCUUCUCUCCCCUGUUGAUGGAGUACAAGACUGGGAAAGCAGUGGUGUCAUGGCUCCAUUAUCUGUGGGCCAGUUGGCUCCACCCAAGAGUUGUCUUUUAGAGGAAGGGCGGCAAACUCUGUUGAACGAAAAGGAAAGCGAUUUGCAGAGGGUGAAAGUCCAAAAAAAUGAGCUACAGUUCCCUAAGACUUGUUCAGAGUCAUUGUAUGAUCCAGAUAAUGCUGAUGUCGGCAAGGAUGUGGUCAAGUGCUUGCCACUGGAUGCUGAAAGAGGGACUUUUUCUACAACUAAACCUAACGGAGCACUGUUUAACAGCUGCUCCCAAGUGCCUGCUGCUCAGAUGGAACUGCAGUUUAACAGUUCCUUUUAUAGCCAAGAUCAGAAUGAUACUUCUCUUGUCAAUGGCAGCCCUGCUUCAGCCCUGCCUCAAUACCACACAGACACCCAGAUAACAUUAGGGCAGACUAAUAACUGCCGUACGCAACUUGGCACUCAGCCAAGAAAUGCUUCCCUUAGUCUACUGAAAACUGGUAUUGCUACAAAAGUGAAGAUAAAAGGAGAUCCCACUGAUGUAGUCACAAGCCAGAUUUCAGGAAAUAAAAGCACAAAUUUAACCCCCUUAGUAGGGAAAAGCAAACCCCAUCCUCGAGAACCUCCGACAGCUCUGAAGGGGAGUCAGACCUCUGGAGUAAUAGUCACAUUGGAUACUGAGGAAGAGAAAGCUGCCCGGCGCAGGGAGUACUGGCGCAUUAAAAAGCGAGAACAAAGGGCGAAGUUGACUGCUAGGUUAGCAAAGGUGAGAGACAAGACAAGGACUCUGACCGCAGCCAUGCUGAAAACCGAGCCGUCAUCUUGCAUGGUUCUGGAACGUCCAUCUGCUUGGUGCAAGGAUGGGCAGAGACAGCCUGGAAGCCGAGUUCGAACUCCUCUUAUUCCCGUAAGCCUCCAGAAGGCAGGAAGGCUGCUUAGGAAUGCCAGGGCGGUAGCUGUCUCAUGUUCAGCUUCAAAAUACUCCAACAUCACAGUUAAAAAGGAGCCAUCCCAUUCAGGUGCAAUUUUGUGUAGUCCAGCCCCAUCAUGUUAUAAUCAGCCAGCAGUCACCACAAAAACAGAGAGGUCACAUGAGACCACAACCUUGAAGGGGGUUGCUGCAAGCACAUUCCCCCAUUCCACUCCAAAGCUGCAGGCAACCAUUGGUCAUCUGAAGAGGCAAGAUACAGAUGAACGCUGGGGAUCCAUCCGAUCCAAAACCCCAAGGCAGAGGUUUCUCGAAACUCAGAGAAUGAUGAGUCACAGAAGCAUCCGUAAGCCCUUCUCCCAUGCUGCCACCUUGUUGAUCCCAUAUGCCAAAAGAGGCGGUGCAGAAGAAACAGCUGAGGAAAAGCUCGCCAGAAAGCGAGAAUACUGGCGUAUCAAGAAGCGCGAACAACGGGCAAAGCUCUCCUCAGAGGUGAAGGCCAGGUUGAAAGAAAGGGAUGCUUUAUUGCGACGAGUCAAACGGUACCAGUGCAUUCUAGAAGAGAUGCGCAAGGCCAGAGCAGGGGCAGGAAACAGGGGUCUGCAGCCUGCAGGGAAUGCCCUCACUGGAGAUGUAGAAGCCAUUGGGGGGUUUAUAAAGGAGGAUGGCACAGUGACCACAGAGAUUCCACAAACUUCCACUCACCUUAGGCUGUUGGGACCAAAAAUGACACCUGAACUGCUAGCGCUGCCAGUUCAGAAUGCUGAUGUUUCAGCCAAUGCCAACAAAGCCAGCUUGGUUAGCUGUGUGAAAGUAAAUGUUUCAACAUCUUUACGUGAUUCUACUCAGGUGAAGGAUUCCCAUCAACUUGGUCCCACUAGAACUGUGUUUCGUAGUGUUGCAAAAAAUUCGCAGAACCUUGAUGCAGCUGCUCCCCAAAUUUGUGUAACUGAAAGGCAUCCUCAAAGUGUCCAAAGCACUUACCCUAGAAUUACUUUAAUCAAGCCUUCACCAAAGGUGUCACAGAUCAACAGAGUUGUAGAAAAUGUCUCACUUACUGCUCUCAAAGAAAGACCAAGUUUAAUGGUGGCUCCCUCAACUUCUGGGGUGGCUGUCAAAGUGCCCUGCCGAGUAGCACAGCUAACGGAAGAGGAGAGGAUGGCUAAGAAACGAGAAUACUGGAGGAUAAAGAAACGGGAGCAAAGGGCAAAGCGCUCAGCCCAUGGGAGGGAAACAUUCAAACACACCGCAGCCAUACUGGGGCAGCAGAACCACAGAGUGCCCUUAAAUCACAACACAAUACCGCUGCCUUUGGCUAAGAGCGAGCCUCUGUCAAAGCCAGAUACUGAGCUGUCCAUUUCCCCUCAGGGAAAUGUGAAACAGGAGAGGGAGUCAUCUUUGGGUGAUGACUGUCCUGCCUCUCCGUCCUUAUGUCAAGAUAUUAAACCCCUACCUCUGUCACCUUCAGAGAAGCAGACUGAACCUGACCAAGCAUUAAACAUGGACAGUCAAGAAGCCACUCUUCUGGCUGUUGCCUCCAUGAAAAAGCUCCUGGAAGAAUCAUUGAGCACUGUGACGGACUGUAAUGGUCUGUCCUCCGGCAAGAGUGAGGUGCUGCCUUGUAAGAGUGAGGAGGAAGCUACUGACCUAGACAUCAAGCCCAGCCUGCAUUGUCCUCUGGGUGAAGGCCUGGAGCCUGUCAACCCAGGGCAGAAGCAACAAGACAUGUCCACCUGUUGUCCCAAGUCCCCUUACGACAGGCUGCUGAAUGAGGCUGCUGUCCUUCCUUCUUCACACAAGCCCUCAGAAGUCCCUUCCACCAGUCAGGUGCCAUCCGACAUGUGUUCUACUGGUCCAGACCCCUCUCCUCCAGCACGUUGCAGCAAACUCCGCUGUGUCCAGCCCUCACCUCUCCGCAGAGCACUGAGGCUACGCGCAAAGAGAACAGGUCACUGCUGCUCCCCUGAGCCCCCAAAGCAGCUGCCUGCCCCCUCUCAGCCUGAAGCGGAUAUCCUUCAGAAAAAGAGGGAGUACUGGAGGGUGAUGAAGAGGGAGCAGCGGGCAAGGAAGGCAGCGCGAGAGAAGGAGAUGAAGAAGGAGAGAGCCAUUACGAGCCAGACCCCUGUGCAGUUGCAGGAAGACCCGUGUUGGGGGAAGCAGGAGCAGAUGGCCAGCAAGGCAGUGCUGGACCAAGAGGUGAGGAGAGAGGGGCCAGCUUGGGCCUCCAAGCCCGUCCUUCUUGCCAAAGCAACACCAAAGAGGCCAGAGCAGCAGGGCCAGAACAUUUGUUUGGUCAAACUUCAGGAACCUGCUCCUCCUCUGCAGUGUCUGCUCCCCACUGGGGGUGGAAGCCUCGUCUCCCCCCUUUCCACGCUCCUGGUAGUGAAUCCCUCCUCAAACAGCUUCCGUGUGGAAAGCGAUGCCGGCAAGCCUUUGGACAGCACAGGUCAGGAGUCUCCUGGCUGUGGAACCAAGCCAGAAAUGGAGACCCUGCCUGGGCCUGGGGGCAGCGAGGGCAGGUUACUGCUGCUGGACGAGGACCCCAGCCCAAGUCCCAAGUCAGCACGAGUGAGACGCUGGCGCCUGCAGGCCACGGCGGGCACAGUGACCCCACCUGGGCAGCUGACCUCUCACUCCCAAACCCCCCAGUGCAGUAGUGCUGUUGGUGCGGAGUCCAGGAGAAGGCCUGACUGUCAAAGCCCUCCCACCAAAACACCACCCUGCACAAAACAGGCAGGCACAGCCCCAAAGGUGGUGCGGACCCCUGCCGAGGUGGAGGAAGACCUUCGUCAGAAGAAGAGGGAGUACUGGAGGGGCAGGAAGAGGGAGCAGCGGGCCAGGAAGGCAGCGCGGGAACGACAGCUGAAGCUGGAGGGGGGUGAAGGGCACACCAGGGCUGAGGGCCUAGGACAGGGGCAGGACUCCAGCCUGUGGUUUAAUGAUGCAGAAGAUCCGCCGCUCUGUCACAGCACCUCCAUGGAGGACAACCUUGGGCUGCUGCCUCAGCUGUGCCAGACGGGGGAUGUGAAAGGUGAGGUGGAUGUGGGAUUCCUGGGUGAGGAAGAGGAUGAGGAGGAAGGCAGCGUGGGCGCACCCACCUCGGCGGCCAUGUGGAGGAGCCGCUUUCUGAUGGACUAUGACCCCCUGAACCAGCUGCUGGUCUGCAUGGUGUGUGGGGAGCUGCAGCAUUCCCACACUCUGGAGGGUGUUCGGGCUCACAUUGAGGAAGCUCAUCCCAACACGGCCAGCCUGGGCCCCCGUGAGCACCGGCGCAUCCAGGAGGCCUGGGACGAGCAGGUGUCUGUCCGCGAGCGCUUCUUCAGCAGCCAGAUGCAGCAGCAAGGUGCCGCCAUCGUAGAGGAUGAUGACCCGCCAGCUGAAGUUGAAGUCCUGGUUGACCUUGAGGAUUUCACAGCUGUGAGAAAUACCAAAUCAAAGAACAAAAAUCCUAAGAAAGUGUAGAGGGGCAGGUAUGGUGAUAUCCUACUCCCUCACAAGUUCAGUGACUGAUGAUCAGAAGAAGCUUAACUAUUUUAAAUCCUACAGGACUGUCUCUGUGAGAUGCCAGUCAAGUAGAGUUAAUCUUACGGAUUGCCCUGUCCGAAUGCCAGUUCUCCUACAAGUAACGCCACCGGUGCAUGGCGUACUAAUGUUCACUAUGAACAAAUCUUCUCACUUUAAGAACCAUUUAAAACCGUUACGACCUGAUCUGAGAGCAACCAAAUGCCACACCCCAAGCCCACCUGUGUAUGUAUCCAUGACCCCGUUGUUUUGUUUUGGCUGAAAGUCACAUUAACAUUUUGUUUCAAUCCUGGUAUUAGGAAGAACAAGAACCUUGGAAGGCCUAAUGGAAAAAGUGGAAGCAGCGGUUCUCAUCAAAGGAGUACUUUUAAUUUCCAUGGCACUCGUUUGCAUGGUUCAUUUCUCUUUCAGUCCUGCAGCUUGUGGACUAAAUUAUAUGCUGGGAACAAGGAUGUGCGGAAAAGCUCUUGUCACCUUGUGUAGACACUGGCAUACUUAAGCCCGAAUGUAUGUUCAAGCUGUACUUCAGAUUCGGUUAAAAUAAGGCACAUCCAUUGAUUGUCUGUCGUGGAUCCUGAUGCGCAGUUGACUCCCAUGUCAUCUUAAAUGAGCCCUUAGCACACACCUGAGAAACAGCUCUGCAUUAAUUCUGCAAUGCUCUGAACCUCUGUCUUAAAUGUAAAAGGGAUCAGUUUACAUCAUUCAAUGCUGGCAGUCCUCAGCUCACAGGCACAUGACAGAUCAACAGAUUGACUUUAACGGUGGCCAUAGGCAAAAUAAACUGUUUUUAAACACUCCUGCUUCAUUGGCUCAGCACCCAUCUGUACAGAAUAUAAAUCCACACCAUGAUUUGCUCAGUGGGGCAUCGUAACACACAGAAUAAGUCAGUAAUGCAGGUAUUAGGGCUACAGACCUCUUUUCCUCACAAAUAUUGUUUGUUGUCAGAAUUCUGGGCUCCACUAAGGUUUUUUUGGUGUUCUAAAAUGUACAGUGAGGGAAAUUAUUAUUUCACCCCCUGAAUUCUUAAGUUGACCCAUUAAUAAAGAAAUGAGAAGUCUAUAAUUUCACUGGUAGGUUUAACAGCAAAAGAUGGAGUAUCAACAAAACAAGCAAGAAAAAAAAUCAUGUAACAGUUACAGACCAAUUUGUCAUUUAUCUAGGGAAAUAAGUAUUUGAUCUCUUGGAUCACAUGCUUUAGUACUUGGUGGAGUAACCAUUGUUGGCAAGCACAGGUGUCAGUCGUUUUUUGUAGUUGGUCACCAGGUUUGCAUGCAGGUCAGCAAAAAUUUUCACCCACCCCUCUUUGCAGACCUCCUCCAAAUCUUUAAGGUUUUUAGGCUGUCACUUGGAUACAUGAAGCUUGAGUUCCCUCCAUUGGUUUUCUAUGGGAUUAAGGUCCAGAGACUGGCUAGGUCACUCCAUGACCUUAGUGUGCUUCCUCUUGAACCACUCCUUUGUUGCCUUGGCCUUAUGCUUAGGGUCGUUGUCUUGCUGGAAGACCUAACCACAAUGCGUUUUCAAUGCCCUGGCUGAAGGAAGGAGGUUCUCAUCUAAGAUUUUACGGUACAUGGCCCCGUCCAUCUUUCCUUCAAUGCGAUGCAGCCAUCCUGUAUCCUUGGCAGAAAACCCCCCCAAAUCAUAAUGCUUCCACCUCCAUGUUUGACAGUAGGGAUGGUGUUCCUGGGGUUGUAGUCAGCAGUCUUUCCCUUUCAAACACAGCUAGUAGAGUUCAUGCCAAACAGCUCGAUUUUGGUCUCGUGACCACAUCACAUUUUUCCAAUCAUUGGAAUUAUUCAGGUGUUCACUGGCAUACUUCAGAAGGGCCUGAGCAUGGACCUUCUUGAGCAGGGGUACUUUGUGAGCACUGCAGGAUGUCAAACCAUAACGGCAUAAUGUGUUACUGGUGGUUUUCUUGGUGACUGUUGUCCCUGCUGCUUUGGCAUCAUUAAUGAGCUUGUAGUUCUGAGGUUAGGCCUCACCAUUCAUAAGAUCAUCGUGAUUGACAGUUAUUUUGUAUCAACUGUUUUGCAUCAGCAGUUGUCACAUUCUCACCAAGCUGCUUGCUGAUGGUCAUGUAUCUCAUUCUGCCUUUGUGAAGGUCAACAAUCUUGUCUCUGAUGUCCUUAGACAGCUCUUUGGUAUUUCCCAUAGUGGUAAGGUUGAAGAUGUAGACAGGUUAGUGACCCAAGAAUACUAUUUAACAAAGUAAUGCCAUUAAACGAGAAUGCUGGCUUGGGAUCUGUUAAUACUUAAGUUCUACUUGUGCUUUGUUAGUGCAAAUGUACUUGACCUAAUUUCUUCCAGGUUUGUAGGGGAUCAAAUAAUUAUUUCCUAAGAUAAAUGGCCUGUUACAUUUGUACCUGUUACUUAAUUAUUUUUUUUGUUUGUUUUGUUGAAAAUCUAUCUUCCGAUGUUAAAAUAAACCUACCAGUGAAAUUAUAGACUUCUCAUUUCUUUAAAAUGGGUGAACUUAGGAAUUCAGCAGGAAUUCAAUAAUUAUUUUCCUCACUGUAUGUAUAACAUUUCACUGGGCUGUUUUGACACACUGAUCUAAGCCCCUGGACAGUAGUGCAUUAAUGUUUUGUGGCACAGCAGUUCUAAACAUCGUUGUGCUCUUUUUUUCCGCACACUCACCAAUGCAAAAGCAACAUGCACAAAAUAUGACUUGCUAAUCAAAAUAUACUGCUAUUUUCCUUUACAUAAGCUGGACGUAUUGGGUGAUGAAUGAGCAUUAGUAUUUAUCCUUUAAGAAUAUUGUACAGUAUAUGCACUGAAGGGCAUAGAAAAAGUUUACAUAUUUUCUAAUAUAUUUAGUAUAUUGACAUAAGAUAUAUUCUUUACUGCUUAUUUUGGCUUUAUUGCUUUUUCUAAUGAGGCAUAUCCAAUCAAUGAAUUAAGAAAUGUAAUUAACCAGCCUGCUCUGUGGCUUGGCUGAUUGCGAUUGCUUUAUAUGGUCUGCUCUAAAAGUAUAGGCACCCUUGAUAAAGACCAUCAAAAUAAGAAAAAAAACAUUACAAAAAAAAAAAACGCACAAUAUUUGUAUUUAAAUCAUUGACAACCACAUAGAAUCUUAGAAAGUCAAACAAAAGUUAUGCUUACUAAUUAAUUAAUUCCCGUUCUCUCCAUCUGAAGGAGCUGUAUUAUGCUCUUCCAUAGCUCCUGUUCUCAUUGGAGUAAAAAAAAUGAGGUAAUGUCAGUUAUUCUGUCGCCAAUCAUUGUGUACAUCGUUUGUUUUGCUUUUAUCAAAGGUGUAGGAGCUGGCCAUGCCGGCAAGGAUGAGAGACAUUCAGCGUCUUGACACCAGACCCACUUGAGGUAGCAUUAUGGAAAUUGCUUGGGAAUCUUUUCACCUCGCUGUCUGAUUUAAGUCUUCCAUUGUAAAUUAGACUGCAGUUUGUAUGGUUAAUUACAACAAAUGAAUGCGUUAGUAGUUAGUUUGGUAUGAUUCAGCACUGACAGCAGUUACCGCUACUCUGUGUGUAUAAACACAGUAUAGUUUUCACUGGUCAGUAAUAUCACAAAGCUGAUGAAUAUGGGUUUUGCGGGCCGUCCAGAGCCCAUAGACACUAAACCAGUUACGCAGCACAGAUGGGGCCCUGUGGAGGCUGCAGGCUGACACCUCUACCAGCCGUGCUUCCCUUAGGUGUUACUGGCAAGUAAUGUGACCUCUUCAUUUCAGCAUUUUUAACAUUGUGCUUUUGUAAUGGUGAUUUAUAUCAUUUGUAUAUAUGUAAAGAUAUUUAAAUAUUUAAGUGAUGCUUUAAUGACAAUUUUAUUCUUUUUUUUUUGCCUGUUUACUGUUUUCUGUAUGUUUUUGAAAUUGAAUGGCACCAUGCAAGUAUUUCUUCAGUUGUAUGUCAUUCUGUAAUGUACCUAUUUGACCUUGCAUGUAUCACAAGUAAUUAGGUAAUGUUCAUUAAAACAAACUAAACUUUAAAAACUAAAAAAAAAAUCUUGACAGAUCCACAUAAACUACACAGCUUUUAAGGAUCUGAUACUGUUGGCCACAUGAUUUUCAACAACAAAGCAUGCUCCAAAAUUGGGCUCAAACUGUCAGCCCAGCCUACCAGUCCAGUUACACUGGUCUGUGUUUUUGGGGUACUGUGUGAAGGGGCAGAUGCUAAUGCUGUACUUUUGGUUAAAUAUAUAAAGACUUUUAAAGUUUUUAGGAACACUGAAUAUUGCAUUUGAGCUUAGAUCUUUGGAGGUUUCUCAGCUGGUGUCAGGGAUUUUGAAAAAAAUCCCAUAAUGAACUGUACUGUAAAACUCCUGGAGCCAUAACAAACGUGUAUAUCGUCCCUGGCAGAGUGCACCCCAUCUGUUUGAAGUUCUAAUGCUCCUGUUUUUGUUUCAAUUGCUGAGAAUGUGCUUUUCUCUUGGAAACAAGUUCCUUGUGUGUUGAUAUAGGGAAAUGUUUAAACUCUUUUCAUACCUAAUAAAGCCCUUUUGUACCUUU